UCGACUUAUCCAGAGCCGCCCCUUUCAUUUUCAUCUUUAAUAGCACUAAGCGGAAAUUAGAUAACAUAAACAAAGUUCUUUCUUCGUACGUUAAAAAUAUAGGGUUAUUUGAAAAUUACUGGCAUGUAAUUUACAAUUACCAAUAGGAUUCUCGGUUCAUCGCUUGCAGUAUAAAAAGGAUGAGGAAUCGUCAGAGGAGAAGGAGGAAAGAACGAAAAAAGUAUUGGAACGGACGGCGCACAUUAUAAAUAAAUAAAUGAUUAAACGGCCGCCAAUUCAACGCAUGAUCAGGCAACAACAGUGUGUGGAUACGCGGCAUGAUCAGAGGUAGUGGCGAAAGAGGAGGAGGAACUGAAGUUUAUGCAAAGAAAAAGUGGGCGCUCGGAGAUUUUAUAAAGCGGAAGGAGAGCAGCCGCGGAUCCGCAGUCCGUGUUCUCGCCUAUAGACUGUCUUACUCAAUCCGAUCCAAUUGAUCCCAAUUUGAGUUGUGCGCAAACGAUUUAAACUGCCGUAUUUUAACAGUGAUAGAAGUGUUUGGAAUUGGUAGGCAUGGAUGCGAAGAUGCAGAUAGGUCGCGUCAUUCAGAAGAGGAUACCUAUCAUCGGAUGGGCGAAGAACUACAACUCGGAGAAGGCCCUCAGCGACCUGAUUGCAGGGAUCACGGUUGGCUUGACGGUUAUGCCGCAGGCCUUGGCAUACGCCACUCUAGCAGGUCUUGAGCCUCAGUACGGUCUAUACUCAGCGUUCGCAGGAACUUUUGUCUACGCGAUCUUCGGAUCCUGCAAGGACAUUGCCAUUGGACCGACAGCGUUGAUGGCGCUCAUGACCUACCAGCAGAUCGUUAAUAAGAACACCGAUUACGCCAUACUAUUGUGUUUCUUGUCGGGUAUCGUCCAAUUAUUUAUGGCCGUUUUGAACUUGGGCGUCCUUAUCGAUUUUAUCUCCAUUCCCGUCACCGUUGGCUUCACGUCAGCCACCUCCGUGAUCAUAGCAGCAUCCCAGUUUAAGGGUAUGCUCGGUCUGAAAUUUACCUCAUCUGGAUUUCUUGACACUAUGUCCAAAGUCUACAAGAACAUCCACGAGACUAGAUAUCAAGAUCUCACCAUGUCGUUGAUCUGUAUAACUGUCCUGUUGGCACUCAGGAAACUCAAAGAUGUGCGAGUCAGUCCUAUUGGCGUGAAACAAACGAAAAACCAACGGUACAUAUCGAAAGCAUUAUGGUUAAUCUCGACAGCACGCAAUGCCUUAAUAGUCAUCGUAUGUUCUGUGGUUGCAUACCUGUAUGAAGCUUCAGGCUCCGCGUCACCAUUUAUUUUAACUGGUAAUGUGAAGCAAGGGCUUCCUCCAUUGGGUCUACCUCCGUUCAGCACCAAUAUGAACAAUAGGACUAUCGGUUUCACUGAGAUGGUCGCAGAUUUAGGUGGCUCCGUCGUGAUGGUGCCAGUAAUUGCUGUUCUUGGGAACGUUGCAAUUGCAAAAGCAUUCGCUAGCGGAAACUGUGUAGACGCUACGCAGGAGCUGUUCACAUUAGCUCUAUGCAAUAUAUUCGGAUCGUUCUUUUGCUCGAUGCCAAUAACCGGAUCUUUCUCUAGAUCGGCCGUGAAUCAUGCAAGUGGCGUUCGCACCCCCAUCGGCGGCCUUUAUACAGGUUUUAUGGUCCUUCUUGCCCUAUCCUUCCUUACACCAUAUUUUGCCUUCAUACCAAAGGCUGCUUUAGCUGCGGUCAUCAUAUGCGCAGUCAUCUUUAUGAUCGAAUACGAAGUGAUCAGACCCAUGUGGCGUUCCAGUCGAAAAGAGCUCAUCCCAACUUUUGCCACUUUCAUACUCUGUCUGACAAUGGGCGUGGAACUUGGAAUAGUCAUCGGCGUGGGCAUAAAUAUUGUCUUGCUGCUUUAUCCAUCCGCUCGACCAUCGAUCAUCGUUGAGAAAAUGAACACGAGAAACGGAAUAGAGUAUAUUUUGGUUACUCCUGGCAACAGUUUAUAUUUUCCUGCAGUGGAUUUUAUUAAGACUAAUAUCGAUAAAGUUGCACUCGAUUCCAAACAUCAGACCGUUGUCGUCGAUUGCAAGUUCAUCCUAGGAGCGGAUUUCACCGCUGCCAAGGGUAUUGCUGCAAUGAUCCAGGAGUUCUCCUCUCGCAAACAACUUCUUUACUUCUUGAACCCACGGGAAGAGGUAUUGAAUGUCUUUCGGGGUGCCAGUCUGGAGGAUUUCAGACAUAUCAAUUCCAUUACAGAUCUUGAGAAGUUGAUUGGAGAUGAAUUUUCUAGCGAACAAAUACGAUUGCUGCCGGAGAAUGAGUUACCCGAGCUGAGGGAAAUUUCUUAUUGCGAUCUGAAUCACAGGAAAAAGUCUGUCGCAUAAUGAAGAAUGUGUAUAUUUAUAAUUUAACAAUAAUUGCAUAUAACUAUGUACUUUGUAUCAAAGC